GUUUUUGUUGAUGUUCAAUUUUAGUGCGGCUGCGCAUUACUCAAUGCUUUGGCCGUUAGUGUUGAGACGACUUCGCAGGGCAAAAGAGCCUGUAAAACCUCGAGUUUUGUUAGCGGAUGUGCCGGAGCUGUUCGGUUUUUUACAAUCUACGCGUCUUUUAUUUGUGACACGAGGUAGCCAGCAAAAUUGAUUGUAGCCGGCUAAUAGGCUAAUGCUAAGCCGUAUGUGAACGUCCUUUCCUAACCGCCGGGCACUGCCAGUGAGGGCCAAGGAACAAAAUAGCACAUCGCCAUUAUAUGAUCCAGUUUCCAGAGUCACUUUUACUCUCCAUGUGGGUGAGAGAACUGUGUGUAUCGGAUUAUGGCGAGAAAAACAGUUAGCAGGAAAAGGAAGGCAGGAGAGCCCAAGGAGCAACAACAGCUGGGCUGGUGUCAGGCACCACACAAACGCAGCCGCGUUUCUUGUUCAUCAAGACAUUCCCAGCAGUGGUGCAGCCGUCGGUCGGUGGUUUGUGUCCUUCGGGAGCGGGAGUUCAGACCUCAGCAGCAGCAUGAUUUGAGGCUCCAGCAGAACCUGCGUGGUUUUGCAGCAAGCAGGCUCCCCGGGAUUCUCAAGGAGAGCGAGUUUUCUUUGGGGCGACUCAACAAGGUUUUUGCUUCUCAGUGGCUGAACUAUCGACAGGUAGUUUGUGGGACCAAAUGCAACACGCUUUUCGUCGUCGAUGUCUUGACCGGGCACAUAACACGCAUUCCAAUGUUGAGGGACAGGGAAAGUUGUGAUGGAGGCUCUGGAGUGGUUGGUGGAUUUGUUCCGGCGCGGCAUUACCACCCAUUUGGAACUGCCCGAGCACGGGCAGACCAGCAGGGCUGUGGGAUCCACGCAAUCGAGCUCAACCCCUCGAGAACGCUCCUUGCCACUGGGGGAGACAACCCCAACAGCCUGGCCAUCUACCAACUGCCCACUCUGGACCCCGUUUGUGUUGGAGAUGAUGGUCACAAUGACUGGAUUUUUUCCAUAGCAUGGAUCAGUGACAGCAUGGCAGUUUCUGGGUCCAGAGAUGGCUCCAUGGGUCUUUGGGAAGUGACAGAGGAAGUGAUGAAUCAGGCUGAGCGGAGUCAGAGUGAAGAGAACAUACCUUCCUACGCCCACAUCUCCCACCGGGCUCUCAAGGACAUCCCCAAAGAGUGCACCAACCCAUACAACUGUAAAGUCCGUGCUCUUGCCUUCAACGACAGCCAUAAAGAACUGGGUGCUGUGUCUUUGGAUGGCUAUUUCCACCUCUGGAAAGCAGAGCAUAACUUGUUCAAGAUUCUGUCCACCAAGCUGCCUCACUCCAAAGAGAAUGUGUGUUUAGCGUACGGCCAGGACUGGUCGGUUUAUGCGGUGGGUUCUCAGGCCCAUGUUUCCUUCUUGGAUCCACGCCAGCCAACACACAGCAUCAAGUCUGUUAGUUCCAGAGAGAGAGGCAGUGGGAUCCGUUCAGUGAGUUUCUAUGAGCACAUUGUGACAGUGGGGACCGGCCAGGGUUCCCUUCUCUUCUAUGAUAUUCGGGCUCAAAGAUUCCUGGAGAACCCUUUUAGUCCUACCAAUGUGUGUCGGAAAUGUCCCGCUGAUGGGAUCCUCAAGCUUUCAACAGGAAAAGGCUGGCUGAACCACGAUGAAACAUGGAGGAGUUACUUCUCAGAUAUUCAUUCUUUUCCCAACGCCGUGUACACCCACUGCUAUGACGACUCCGGCACAAAGCUCUUUGUAGCCGGCGGCCCGCUCUGUUCAGGCCUUCACGGAAACUACGCAGGCCUGUGGAGUUAGCUUCUCCCAUCGAUCCGUCACAAAGUUCUCCUUCAGCUCUACCUAUCCUAUCCCUCGGCCUCCCUCAACUUCAUCUACAUCACUGUCCAGAAAACCUCCUCCUCCUGCUUUAGGAGGGCGUUCAGCCCACACGUGGACUCAGGAGCAUGAUCUUUCCUCCUUUCAAUAUGAUUGUCGUCUGUGUUUGUGUCUCUAUUUACAUCAUACUUUUCUACAUCGCUGUCCUAACGCACUUUCCCGCUUUUUAAGUAAUUUAUACAAAUGUACAGUUACCUAAUAAAUUAAAGAGCUGCUAAGUGUGCCACUGAGAAACUCAGAUGGGGUUUGAAAAACAUUAAGAAUAAAAGUAAACUUUUUUACCGUCAUGUAUACAUCCAAUCUGCAGGGAUUAGGCUGUGUUCUUUGGUAUUUACAUUUGUACACAGGAAACAAAUGCUUCUCCUGUGAUUAAACAAGUGAUGUUUUUUUUUCUUUUUGUAUCCAUUCUUUCACUUUUACUCACUUAAAUCAACUACAUUAAAAGAAAAAAGAGGGAGAAAGGCCAGAGGGAUGGAAGAGACUUUUCGUUUUGUAGGACUUGGACAUUUGACAGAAUUUUUACAGGUUGGACUGCAAGCAAAAAAAAGAAAGGAAAACACAAGGAACUCUUCUGUUGGAAUCAAAACGAGAAAUUGUGCUUCUCCCCUUCAUCUGCAUGAAGAGGAGGAUCCUUCUGAUUGGUAGAUGCAAUUUGGUUCUUGCUCUAUGACUUUAUUUUUAUUUUUUUGACUGGGCUUUGACAGGCACACCCCUCAUAAUAACCCCUUUACUCUGUAUUUAUUCUCCCCCUCUUUUCUGUCAAUUUCAUUUGUAUAAUUUGCAUCAUUUUUUGAAAGGAGUGUUUCCUGUUUGCCCUUUGCUUUGUGUUUGGUGUGAUCUCUUUGGUUUUCCAUUAUCUAAAACUGCUGUUCCUUGAGAACUCUGCCUAGGUUUUAAAAAAAAACAGCUUUAUUAAUGACUACCGGUAAAAGAAAAACAUUUGAUCAAUGGAUUUAGACCCACAUGAACUUGUGAGAGGAAUUGUAGUGGCUCAGCUUGGUAUAAAUACAAGGAGAACAUGGAUUUAUAAGCUACAGAUGCAUUUGCUUUUACUCCACUGAACCCAGGAGUGAGUUCUGAAUUUUGAUUUUCCAUUGUUUGGUAGAGACAGGGUAGGCAAGAUGUUGCUUUUUGCCUUCCUCAAGUCUUUCCGUGAAAGACUAUCACAUGUAAUCAUCGUUUUCCUUUUUCUACAUGCAACUUUUGUCUUCUUGUAGUGAUAAUGAUCGGGACGGGAAAUCCACAGCAAAUUAAAUCGAUUCACUCUUAAAAAACAUAUUUUAUAUACAGGUGUGUGUGUACAAUGUGUCUGUAAAAUGCUUAAGGACAAGUGCAUAUAUUUUAUGUAUAUGUCUGAGGAAAGGGUGUUCAUUAAUGUCUACUUGGUGAUACAUUUUUUAUACACGCCUUGUGAGUGUUUUUACAAAUGACUGAAAGUGCAAAUAUUCUAAAAUAUUAACAGCUGGGGGGGGGGGGGGGG